AUGUCUUCUCGAAAGGCCACAAAAGUGAAGGGGAAACAAUCUUCUAUCGUGACGCCUACGCAGUAUCUACUCGAUGUUCUCCGUGAUUCUGCACGCAGUACCGGGGAUGGACUCGGCCAGACGCAGCCUGUGAAUUCCAUUGUGAAUGAUUUCGGGAAACGGCAGAAAAAAGCGCCGCGCAAACAACCGAGAUUAUCGUUGCAGACUAUUCUUGCGGAUUGGAUACAGUGUGUGGAUCCAGUCUUGGGUCGGGCACAAAGAGCACAUCAUGAUACCGAAGCGACGGCCGAGCUGGAGAUCGUAUUGCAACAGGCGUUUCCGCCAAAAAUCAUCGAGUAUCUGACGGCCCGACAUUACAGCCCCAGCGAUGUGUUGCUUUGGUCAUGGAUUCUCAAGGGCAACACUCACGAGGCUGCUCUCCGAAUUUUGAUGGCCGAGUCUGCAGAGGGAGCUAGACCCGGCUCCCAACGUCGGCUCAUACCUCCGUUCAUUCCUCUACUUCUCUUGCGCAGACCAAGCCUUGACGCGAAGACUUUUCGCUUGCUUCUUAUUUAUUCCCUGCACCUCAUCACUGGCCGAAAAAUUCCGCCUUUGGACGCCUUCAAGCGCGUACAACGCACUGCUCAGGAGCUCGAGGAUAGCCUCGGCUCACGACAGACAGAAGCCCUCAUCGACACUACUACCUGCUUCGUGCUCGUUACCCGUCUGCUUCGUCAUGCUCGGGAAGUAUGGCCACAGGCCCAGCUCACCAUCGCGCGUGCCUUCGCAUCCUAUCUAACUCUGCUAAGAAACGACCAAGAAAUUUCGCAGAUUGCCAGGCACCGUAGGAAUCAAUUCAUGGCUGACAAGUUCAAUGCAUGUCUCUGGCUGCUCUCGUUGCCUUGCAAAGCAGGCCCUUUCAAGUUUGUUUCGGUACAGCAACAAGCUCAAUUCGAACUUCUCAAGGCUAUGGCAGGACAUAGUCCUGUCCUUCCGGUUACGCGGCAGGGCUACCAAGGUAUCAUUGCUGUUCAAUUGGCCCACAAGAAGACCUCCGCCGAACGGCAAUCGGCAGAACUAAAGGCACCAUCAUGGCCACCGUGGAAGGAAGAAAAGCUUGGAAUAGACUCUCAACGCGGAAACGAAGGAAUGAAGAGUCGCGCCAUGCGCGUGAUGGCUCAGAUGAGAGAGGCUGGCUACUCUCACACUCGCUGGGAGGAGGUCUCUGCAAUCUUGGCCGGUUGGGACACGGACAAAAGCCCGACGGUCCAAACCAGGGCCUUGAUGCGUCGACCGCAACUGCUACGUGGGCCUGCAGGAAGCAAGCCGGAUCAUCAUGCUGUCUGGGUGGCCCGAAUCCGCGCCACACGGACGGUUAGGGAGGCUUGGGCCUGCUUUCUGUCAUAUCAAGAUCAAGGCCUACCGCCGCGCGCGAGUAUAUAUGUCGCUAUGGCUGAGAAAUUGAUAUUCCGGAGAAAAGCGCUUGAGAAUGACUUCGACCAUAUCAGUCAUUCUCUACCAGGUGAUGGCCUGGAAGUCUUCCCGGAACCUGCCUCCGCCCGCGAUUUGAUCUAUGUACACACGGAGCCUCCUACCCUAGAAGAGCUUCUCAAACAGAUGCUUGCCCAAGGGAUCCGUCCAUCCGGGAGAUUCUUGGCUUUGCUUCUGCGGUCUGCGCCGACAUUCAAUUGCGGAUUGGACUAUCUUAGUUGCAGUGACUUGUCGAACGAACAAAUCCAAGCUUUGUGCACUGUGAGGGAAAGUACAUCAGAUUAUGAUGUGUUGGAUUCAACGGUUUUGGAUGAACUGCCCGACUACCUCUUUUCCUCUUUCGUAGGCUUUCUUUGCAACUAUUCGAGUCUUGACUCCUUGCACCUGGAACGACACGAUAUACGCACUGCCGAUCUAUUCCCCAUUAUUAUGAGCAGUAUGAGCAGGACCCAUCCGAACGAGCCGAAAACCUCGACGCUGUUUUCCAAUAUUCAAACAUCAGGAGAAAGCGGUACCUUGCAGCAUCCGAAAACCCUGUCGCAUGCGAUCCAGUUGUUGAAGCUUCGAAAGUCCCGGUUCACCCCUCCUUGGAUUCAUCUCUUGACAGCGCUGAGCAAGGAUCGCAUCAGAACGCCGUAUCGCAGAAUGAGCCGCAGUGCACAACGGGUGCUUGCUUGGUAUGAGAUGGUCGAGGUCAUCGGUUGGAUGAAAGAACGUGCCAUCGACCCUGGUCUGCAGGGGCAUCAGGUCCUUUGCGCCAGCUUCUCAAAGGCGGUGAUGGCAGGUUUAAAACAUCCAAAUGCCGCCGAAGAGGGCCUGGCGCUUGUUCAUGAAGCAGCGCGGCGAGGAAACAUCAAACACUCCAAGGUACUCCGCCCCCAUUUUGAGGACAUGGUUCGGGGUGGACUUGCCAUUCUCAAGGAACUCUUUAACCAGCUUGUCCUUUCGGAUCCGAAAAACGCCCCUUUCGGUGAGCGUUCGGAGGGCCCGUUCGAGAGUGCUACAAGUUCGCCAGUGGCUAUUCCUUCUAUGCUUCACGUCCCUUCUCCAGCCGCUCUACAUGCAUUCGUCAGAGCUCUCGGGCUGGCUGCGGAGCAUGACGGCCUGUUGAACUUGCUUCGAUGGAUGAGCCAGAAUGCCACCACGCUCAAAGAGACGGCUGAUGAGCAUCUGAACGGCGAUCGCAUGAUGCGGCGUACUCUGGUUGCACUUCGCGUGUUCCUUGAAGGAUACCGAGGGAAGCGACCCCGGGGAGAAUCCGACAAUUUGCCGUCGGAGUCAAUGGCUGCGGGAGAACCUCUCCCCAGCGAUGUCUCAGCCCCAGCCGCGAACGGGUCCAAUUCGAAGCUGCAAGAGGCGUAUGAGAUUGUCGCGGCGACUCCGCUGUGGGGUUCAUGGCCAAGCGAUGAUGAGGUCUGGGAGUAUUUACAGUGGGAACCUCAGCAGUCUGUACAUUAG